AUGACGUAUCAAGAUGACAUUAAUGUGUGGUUUGUGAGAAAGCAGUUUCCAGGAUUCACUAACAUGCAUGAGACUGUCUCAAAGAAACCUCUAAUUUCUGUUUGUCUUUUCCCCAGAAUAAAGCCAGAAGAUGGAAUGGACUUUGGAGUAUCGCUGUUAUUUUACGGGUUGUAUUAUGGAGUGUUGAGUCGUGACUUUGCAGAAAUGUGUGCAGACUACAUGGCAUCAACAAUCGGGUACUACAGUGCAUCAGGGAUGCCAACCAAACACCUCUCCAAUGAAAUCUGUGCAGUCUGUGGACAAAAAAUCUUUGUGGAUAUCAAUGAGGAAGGCAUCAUAGAAAAUACCUACAUGCUGACCUGUAACCAUGUAUUCCACGAAUUCUGCAUUCGAGGUUGGUGCAUCGUCGGGAAGAAACAGACCUGUCCAUAUUGUAAAGAGAAGGUGGAUCUAAAGAGGAUGUUUAGCAACCCCUGGGAGCGACCUCAUGUCAUGUACGGCCAGCUGCUGGAUUGGCUGCGUUACUUGGUUGCUUGGCAACCUGUGAUCAUCGGACUGGUUCAAGGCAUCAACUACAGUCUGGGACUGGAAUAAGCUCUCCCAUUCUUUUUUCCUCUCCUCCCACCCCUCCUCUGCGGCCUUCAUUCCCCCUCCCCACUCUCACUCCACCCCUCUGACUCCAGUUUUGUGGAAUCCACUAUUCGGAAUGUUUCAUUACUUUCAGUUGAAAGGCUGCAUCCACAAAAGUAGGAGGAGGAGAGAAUGAAGGACGUCCCCACCCCAAACCCAGUGGGACAUGGGGCUAUUGGCUCAUGGAUUAGUGAGUUUCCACAGAGUAAUUUUUCCCUGUUUCCCUCCAAAAGAGAAUGAAGAUUCAAAUUAUAGCAAUUCUCGUACCUGUUUUCCAACCCACAGCCCCACAUCUGGCUGGAAUCGACAACUGCUGUUCCUCCAUGAAAGGCUCAAGGAGCUGAAUGGUCUGCUUCUUUUCCCACCUAACCUGUUUUCAAGGGGCUGAAUGGCUGCCUUUAGUUCCUAAUGUGGUGACUGCAAAGAUCUUGAAUUGUGAGUUUGAGAGGUGUUUUGUUUCUUGCCUCCCAAUACCCAGCCUGGCCAGUGGUCCUGAAAUUCUGCAUUCCUCUCUAAGUGGUUUCAGUGGUUACUUGCUGCGUGCAGAACCAGGGUCGGACGAGCCAGUUAGCGCAAGCCAGGCCUGCUCCUAUGAAUGCAACUUAAUCUUCAUAAACAAACAUUCAACCUUUUAGAGGGUGGAGUUCAAGGGGUAGACUACUAUAAUGCUGAGGCAGUUAUUACAGAAACUGAGGCUAUAAUAUUGGAGCAGCAAUUACAGGAACUGGUUCUGUAACAUGGGGGCAGCCAUUACAGGAACUGGGUCUGUAAUGUCAGGGGCGGGUGGAGGGCAACCAUCACAGGAAUUAGGUUUAGAUUUAUAUUGGAGUCAGAUUGAACAUUAUUCCUAGUUUUCCUGAGAAGAUUCACUAGGGAAUGAAGUAAAAUAAUUCCCAGAGCUGAGGAAAUUUACUGAAGAGUGAGCACCAUUCAGCUGAUGUUGUUUUCUGCUGUACUAAAAUAUUGCCUUAAAGUUAGGGGGGAGGGGGAGUAAGAAAGAGCCUUUAGGAUGGAACUAAAAACUGAAGUGGGUAUGGGUUGACAACAGCAGGGUCAAAGAUUUCAAGGGGAAUAUGUUAAAAUCCAUCCUUUUUAUACUAGAAAUAUAUUUAAAAAAUACCCUAUUUUUACACUCUGAUCUUUUAUAUUGGAUUGUAUGGGGGUUAGUCAGCAAUGCACUGGAUUGCAAGUUCACCCCUUCCCCUAGCCCAGGAUCACUGCACCAAUAUGGAAAUGGCCAGUGGAUAUAUUUGAUCACAUUUUGUAGUCCUCUGGGCAGAUACAGAGAAAUGGGUGAGUUUAUGUCAGCUCAUCUGCCCUCUAGUCCUUUCUAAAGUUGUUGGGUGACCACCCUGCCAGGGUAUGUGAAAAUAAUACUGUUUUGUUCCUUGUUGUGAGGAAUGAAGUGGGUUCCUCCAUGGAAAGCACUCUGCAGUGUAGUGUCAACCCAAACGGCUAAAUGAUGGCCGGUCUCCCCUGAAUUGAGUGACCUUGGGUUGCAAUAAAGGUUGUUGGGGCCCCGUGUCUGUCAAAAAGGAAGAAGGCAGCGAGGUAUCAGCUUCUCUUCAUUGUCCAGUUACCAGCCCCUUGCACCCCAGCCCUCCCCACUAUAAAGCCUGUGUUUUUGGGGGAGAGGAUCUUAGGUGGCAUUCACAUGAAGUACAAUCACCAGACUGAGUACCUGAGCUCUGUACUUACCUGGGGAAUCUACUCCUGACCUUACAAGAAAGGCUGGGAGGUGCAUGGAGAAGGGGCAGAACUGGAGGAGGAAGAGAGUUGGAGAAAAGUCAUUGAUGGUGAACAAUUCUCUAACUCUUUGGUUUGGCAAGAAAUGGCUGUGUUCACUAAUUGGCAGCAGUCACUGAGAUUGCUUUCCGACCCUGUCCACUGAUUGGUAUUAGAACGAUAUUUGGUAUUUCAUCUGGUCAUUUAUUGGCCAGUGUUCAGUUGGGACCACCAACAAGGUGAAAAAAAAUUAUUUCAGUCAACAUUGGCUGUAUUGUUUGCUCUUCUUCCCUUUCUCCCUUAGACCCUGCCACCUCAGUAAGCUGGUUUGGUCAGUAUUGUCACUGAUAAAACAGGCUGCCAUUUCUUUGGUGUUCUGGAUCUGUUUAAAAAAAAAGGUGCAAUUCAUAUCAAUAAACGGUGUACAGGUUACGAUCUGA